GCUAUAACAGUUAAUAAUUUAUGUAAACUAUCGACUGCCAUUUGGAUUACGAGUGUGUGGAGCUCGAGUUCCAUGUGUUGAAACUAUGACAUUACGGAGAGCCAUCACGGGUUUGUUGAUUAUCAAAUUUGCAAGUCAAGUCUGGUCCCAUGUGGAGGUGGAAUUGGAAGAUUAUUUUUUCCCUCUAGAACCGGUGAUAAACUUCUGCAAACUAGGAGACGAAUGCCAGCAUGACUUCGUGCCUGUGUGUGCGCAGGACUCGCUCGGCAUCACGCGCAUGUUCAACGACGUCUGCGACAGCUAUGAGUACAACUGCGACGAAAAUAAACAAUACCGUCACGUACAUAUGAAAAUGUGUAAAUAUGAAUUCGUACCGGCUCCGUAUGAAUGGGGCAGCCUGGGGAAAAAGAAAUAAGGCGUGCAAUGAUUAAAUUG